GUUGACAGUUCUGUUGAAACUACUUUAAUUUGUUAAUUUCUUCAAUGUACAAAAAGUAACAGAGCAAAUAGUACAUUUCAGCAAAAUGUUGAGGUCGAUUCUAAUAGGUUUGGCAUGUUUUUCAAUUGCCACGGCGCUUUACCUGCCUGGUUUGGCACCUGAAACGUAUUGCGACAUUACUCUUCUCGAUUCGGCAUCGCACUGGGAAAACUGCAAGUCCAAUAUAUCCAUCUUUGUGAAUCGUUUGAAUUCAAUGGAAACAGUUGUUCCUUAUGAAUAUAACAAGUUUGACUUCUGUCAAGUUGAUGCUGAUAAUUCACCAGUAGAAAAUCUAGGUCAAGUUGUAUUUGGUGAACGUAUUAGACCAUCACCAUACAGAGCUACAUUUAAGAAAGAUGAAGAAUGUGUUAAUGCCUGUCAGAAAGUUUAUAAAAAGGGAGAUAAUAUGGAUAAGUUGAAAUUUUUACGUCGUGGAAUUAAACUGAAUUAUCAACAUCAUUGGAUAAUUGACAACAUGCCUAUUACAUGGUGUUAUGAUAUAGAAAAUGGAGGACAAUUCUGUUCAACAGGUUUCCCUAUUGGUUGUUAUGUCAAUCCAAAAGGCUUGAGGAAGGAAGUCUGCCAAAUUGACGGAAGAAUGAAGACGUUUAAUACUCACUAUGUGUUUAAUCAUGUUGAUAUUGUCUUAGAAUAUCAUAGUUCUGACGGUACCGAGUGGGGAGAAAAACAUCAAAAUGGUGGACGAAUUAUUGGUGCCAAGAUUAAACCCAGAAGUAUCCAACACACUAAAACUGGUCCUGGAGCAUGUAGUAAAGACAGUGGACCAGUAGGUAUACCUGAUGGUAAACUAUCUAUGGAUGUUGCAAUCAACUAUACCUAUUCUAUUACAUGGAAGGAGAACAACAAAGUAAGCUGGUCUUCAAGAUGGGAUUAUAUUCUACAAUCCAUGCCAAAUACCAACAUUCAAUGGUUCAGUAUCAUGAAUUCUCUGGUUAUCGUAUUGUUUUUGUCCGGAAUGGUUGCCAUGAUUUUGUUAAGAACUCUCCACAAAGAUAUUGCAAGAUAUAACCAAAUGGACAGUGCUGAAGAUGCCCAAGAAGAAUUUGGAUGGAAGUUGGUCCAUGGUGAUGUAUUUCGAGCUCCUAGAAAAGGAAUGUUGUUGUCUAUUAUGGUUGGAUCUGGUGUUCAAAUCUUCUUCAUGGUCAUGAUCACACUAGUAUUUGCCUGUCUUGGUUUCUUAUCGCCAGCCAACAGAGGAGCUCUCAUGACAUGUGCCUUGGUAUUAUAUGUUUGUCUAGGAACACCAGCUGGUUUUGUUUCUGCUAGAAUUUAUAAAAUGUUUGGUGGAGAGAAAUGGAAAUCCAAUGUUUUACUUACAGCCUUCUUGUGUCCAGGAGUGAUAUUUGGAAUAUUUUUUGUGUUAAAUUUAUUAUUAUGGAUUAAAGGGAGUAGUGCUGCUAUUCCAUUCUCUACACUAGUAGCUCUGUUAGCCUUGUGGAUGUGUAUCUCAGUUCCUUUAACCUUUGUUGGUGCCUACUUUGGAUUCAAGAAACGGCCAAUUGAACAUCCAGUUAGAACAAACCAAAUUCCAAGACAGAUUCCUGACCAAUCAUUUUACACGAAACCUAUACCAGGAAUUGUCAUGGGAGGAGUUUUACCAUUUGGUUGUAUUUUCAUUCAACUUUUCUUCAUCUUGAACAGUAUUUGGUCUCAUCAGACGUACUAUAUGUUUGGUUUCUUAUUACUGGUAUUCCUGAUCUUAGUGUUAACUUGUUCUGAAGCUACUGUCCUUCUCUGUUACUUUCAUCUUUGUGCUGAGGAUUAUCAUUGGUGGUGGAGAUCGUUUCUAACUUCAGGAUUUACAGCUGUAUAUUUCUUCAUCUACUGUGUCCAUUUCUUUGUGUCCAAACUGGAGAUGACUGGAGCUGCUAGCAUCUUCUUGUAUUUUGGUUAUACUACCAUUAUAGUUAUCUUAUUCUUCUUGCUAACUGGUUCAAUUGGUUUCUUUGCCUGUUUCUGGUUUGUGAGUAAAAUCUAUAGCGUAGUUAAAGUCGAUUAAUACCAGAGGAGAUUUUUUUGAGGAUUUUGAAGGAUUGACUUUAACAGUGGGACAUAAUUUUAGUGUGAUGAAACUUAUGCAAGCCAUAUAUGGAGACUUUUGGAUACCAUGAAAUUAAAUGUGAUAGAAAAAAUGUCCUGAAAUGCUGCUGAGAUUUAUUUAUCAUGAUCAUGUUGGAAAUUUAUUUGGAUGAGAAACCAAUUCUGGAGUGACCAGCUUGAUUAAAUUUAGGCCAUCUUGAUUAAAUUUGUGACCAUCUUGAUUGAAUUUGUGACCAUCAUACAUUCAUGCUAGAUUGAAUAUAUUUGACCAGCACCCCUUAACCUUUUAAUGAACUCUUCCAUACAUGCAUAAUGUCAAUCAAUUUGUAAUAGUUUUUAUGUAUGUUUGGAAUGGUCCAUUUUCAAAAUUUGACAAUCAUCUAUUUGACCCCCCCUUAACCUCUGAAUGAGCUCUUCCACACAUGCGUAAUAUCAAUCUGUUAUGGUGUUAUGUAUGUUUGGAAUGGUUCCUUUUCAAAAUUGACCAUCAUCUAUUUGACACCCCUUAACCUUAUAAUGAACUCUUCUACUCAUGCAUUAUUUCAAUGAAUGUUAUGGUGUUGUGCUUGUUGGAUUGGUUCCUUUUCAAAUCAGACUGCUUUUUGGCACCCCUAAAGCAUUUAAUGGACUCUUCCUCACAUGCAUUAUGUCAAGGUAACAGUAGGCCUAUAACGUAUGGUAACCAAGAGUUCAUGAUGUGUUCAUUUGAGGAAAUAGGGGGGUUUUUUAGUUGUCUUGUCCAGGCAUAAUGGUCGCAUGUAGAACAGAAAAGAUUAUUAUGCUUUUAAACCGCAGUAUGGAAUUAAUAAAGAGAUUGUAAAGAGGUUUUCAAAAGUUUUUAAUUGAAUUGCAAGAACCAGACGUCGGAAUGAAAAUUGGAAUGGUGCAAAUUGAUGCUAUCUGACCUGGAUAUACACAUACAGUUUAGAAAACCUCUUUACAGUCCCUUUUACCUCCCCUUGCUCUUAUUUAAAAGCCUGAUAAAUGCAUCCUUCAACAGUUAUAUGGCACCUCCAUAUAUGGUAACGAGGGACUAGAAAAGAGUUUGUAUUUAUAUAUUUUUGUUAAUUAAUUAAUUUGCAUAUAGUUUUAAUUGUUAUGUAUAGAAAUUAAUAUUGUAUAGAGAUUCCUGGAACCUUCUUAGACUUGUAGACAUAGGUGCCAGUUCUUAGGGACUUGAGUUACAUUUAUGACAAAAAUUGUCUGAUUUUUAUGGAAUCAUUUUUAGAGGACUAUGACAUACAUUUAAUACCCAAAUAACUCCCCCCCACCCCCCAAAAUGUCACAUCUGACCCUUUGAAACACAUACUAAAUCUUUGACAAAAAUAAACUCAAUUGAAAAGAUGUUUAGCCCUAAAAGAACCCAUAUAUUUAAAAUGCAAGAUACAUAGCGAGUUGGCAUUCACACCAAGAAAUUUGGUCUAUGUUGUUGUAUAUUUUGAUGUAGAUUCUGCUUGAUGAACAAAUGUAAUGUAAAAAUCUGAUAUUUGUGUGAUUAUUUGUAAACAAUAUUAAAGAUGACCUACCACAGCGAUCACCAGAUGCAUUUGGUUGUGUAUAAGCAAAGUGGCAAAUCACAGAACUGGUGAGUUUAUUGAAACUCAUAGCUACUUCCAUAAUUCGCAACCUUACCAACUGGUACUUCCUAUGGUGUGAGGGCAUCUUUAAGUAAAUCCAAACAGCGAAGAUAUUCAUGCACAAGAGGAGAUAUCUCAAUACAUAAAUUAGACCAGUCCACUUUCUGUUUAGGUAGAAUAAUUAGUAAUUGAAUCUAAAUAAGUCAGUCUUAUAUUGUAUUCAUUAUUACUUGAACUACCUUAAAAAUGCAGUGGACUGUUCUUGUUUAUAUUUUGAAUUCAUCCAGGAUAUGCACAUAGACAGUUGUCUGUUACUGAACACCCCUCAAAUUAAUAAUGAACUUUUCCAUUUGCUUAUAAUGCAUGAGCAUGAAGAGGAAAAAAGUGUAUGUGGAAUAGUUCAUAUAAUUUUGAGGGGUGUCAUUGUUUCUUACCUUUAUGAAAGGGAUUCACCAGAACUUUCCAUUUGCAUCUGUAGUUCCUGUAAUUCUAAAAAUAAAUCUGAAUAAGCUUAUUAGCUAAUUCCAUCAAAGCUGGUCAAGGUAUUGCAGCUACUGCAGACUAUAUGUAGAAUUUUGUGCAAAUAAAAGCUGUAAGUGUCAUAGAUAAGUGCGCUAAGGCAAGAAAAAAUAUAUGAUAUAUAACUAUGAUAUUUGAUUCCAUUCUGUGCCUUAAGGCAGAUGCAUGUAGGAAUGCCUUGGCUUUGUGGAAGAAUUAAACGCCUAUAUUUUUGUUUUGUUGGAAAUAUGACGUAUGAAAAUGGGUAUACUUAUUUGAUUAGAUUUGUGGAUUUGACUGGUUGGAUGCGUAGUUUAUAGGCUAUAUUUGUGGUAUUCCACACUUUUCUUGUUAAGGUAACUCGUUAAAUUUUGAGCUAAGCUUUCCGAAAAAUAUUUGUAGCAAAACCGACUUAAAAAUUUGAAUUCCAAUGCAGAGAAAAAAA